CGCUAGGGCCAAGGUGAUCUUGGCGGAAGGAGAGAUGAAGGCUCCCGUUCCCUGAAUGAAGCCGCCGAUAUAAUGAGCCAGUCGCCGGCGGCCAUGCAGAUCCGGUACCUGCAGACGCUGCACGCUAUUUCCGCUGAAAAUAACUCCACAAUCAUUUUUCCUCUGCCUAUCGACAUGUUGUCGGUGGCGACGAAAAUAGGGGCUGGCGGAGGCUAUAGCAGACCGGCUAUUCAGGCGCCUCCCGUUAGAAAAGUAGAGCCCGUGCAGCCAGCGAUAGCGGAAGUGAAACAGGAGGAAUCGAAGGCACCGAUGAAAACGGAUGUGGUUUUCGAGAAUCAGUCAGAUGCGACAGUCGAAAGGGAUUGGUCGGAAAUUCCCGAUCCUGCCGUUUACGAUGAGCCGGAACAGGAAACAUUACUCGUGUCUGAGUUGACCCGAAGCGAUCUGAUUGCGGAAUCACCGGUUCCGAGUCUACCGGGUACUCCCGACGAAACGACGGCGCUCUAGGCACGGCCCUUGUUACGUUAGAUUGGAACCGGUUGAAGUUACGUCGCACUCACGUGUUACCCAGAUUUAGACGGUGCUAAAUAGUUACCUUCACGAC